UAAUGACAGUUUCCCGCGCUGUCAGUACACUGCACUUAAGGAUAUCUGGAAUACUGAUAUUAAGGACUCGCUUACAAGAACAAGUAAAUAUUGUGCAUUAUUCACAGAGGUUGAAUAUCCAUCACAGAAGUUGAAUAUCCUUCAGAGAAGUAGAUUAUUCUGCACGGAUCUUGAACAUAGAAUUCAACAACUAUGUCGAGUGACACAGAUACUAGUGCAUCGUCCUCAACAUCAGAAGAGACGAGGAGACACAAAAUUCAUAAGAAACUAAAGAAAAAAUCGGAAAAGAAGCAUAAAAAGCAGAAAAAAGAAAAGCGGUCAAAGAAGAAGAAACGUAGCAAAGAAUUAGAACUUGAUGAAAUAAGAUCUGUUCCCAUUAUGAUACCUCCAAUCACAAGAAAUUCAUCAGAAAAUGUUGCAGUUUUAGAUGACGUUUUUGGUCCAGCAUUGCCACCACAUUUACUACAAAAGCAACAACAACAUCUCCCAGCACAAAAUGCAGUUACCGAGGAGAGAAAUAUAGUCGGGCCCAUUUUACCACAACAAGGAAUUCCCAUGGAAACACAAGAAAAGUUGAAAGAUGAAGACGAUGAUGAUAAUGAUGAUGAUGAUUAUUUUAGUUAUGGUCCUAUGCCAAUUAAUUUGGCUGAAAGUGGAGAACAGCAUAUGAGUGCACAACAAAUCAAAUUGGAACAACGCGCUUUGGAGCUUAAAUUAGCGGCCAUCGAAGGUAAUACGUUAACAAAUGUCGAUCAAAAAUUACGUGAGGAAUGGAUGUUAGAAUUACCAGAUGUAGGACUUAAAAGUGGAUUGGCUGCUAUUUCAAAUAUGAAGCGUACAUUUCAUCAAGGAAAGGAAAAGCCAGAUUUUAGUGAUAGAUCGGAAUGGACAAAGACUCCAAAUAGUGGUACUGAUUCUACAACAAAACCUGGUACUUCAAAAGCUGCUACUGAAAAAUUGAUAAAUAAUGCACAAACACUCUAUGAACGUCAACGUGAUGAAGAACAAGAACUUUUAGCAAAAAAAUUUAAAAAGAAACACAAACGCGAAGAAUCACUCGUUGAGAUUCAUCAGAAGAAACUACGCAAGGAACAAAAGCAAAAGGAAAAAGAAAUGGCAGCUUCGGGAGCUAAACCCGAUCGACGUCCAUUCAGUCGGGAUGUAGACUUGAAACCGAAUAAGAUUGACAAACAUCAAACGAAACAAAUUGUAGACAAAGCCAAAAUACUGAAUACAAAAUUUUCCAGCGGUCAAACGAAAUAUCUUUAGAUAUAUUUUUUAAUUAGUAUUUCUGCUUCGUUUUGGAGGUGGAGACUGUUAUUUGUAUAAAACGAGAGAUGCAUGUUAAGUGCUCCUUGGCUGUGGCAAUUUAAUAUACUCAUAAAUAAAUGUAUAUUUUUUCUUAUAACUUUUAAUAAAAUAGAUAAUUAGAGCA